AGUGUGUCGGGGCCCAAGAUGGCGGCGGGGAUGUACCUGGAGCACUACCUGGACAGUAAGAGCUGCCGGGGCGGGGCCGAGGGCCGCGGCUGAGGAUGGACAGGCAGACCGUGCCUCGGGGCGGGGACUGAUCCCUGCCUGGGCCCUGACCGAACCGAGGCUGCCCCGAGCCCCGCGGGUGGCAGCGUUGCCCGGUUGCCCGGUGCCUGGCUGUGAGGCUUCCCGUAGCUGUGAGGGCUCCCGGCCGCGCUCCCUUCCUCCUUCCCUCUUCCUUCCCUUGUUGCCGCGCAGAGGCGUCCUGGGCCUGCGACAGGGGCUACGACUGCUCGCUUAGAGCUUGCCGCCGGGGCAGGGCUCAGCGGGGCUUCCUCGGGAGCCCGGCCCUGCUCCGGCCGAGGGGGUGCGGCGCCGCACUAUCUGGCUUGUCGUGGGGAAGCUGCCGGCUGCUGCUCCUUGACCGCACGGCUUCGGGAGCCUUCCUGGGUUCGGUGGUGCCGCAGCGAUGGUGGAAUGAAGCCGGGGGCAACUUUUGUCUGUAGGGAGAUAGUUACACUGCAGCUGCCUUCACUGACAUUUUAAAAAUACAGCCUUAUUUUGGUGUGAUGAAAGAGCUCUGUAGAUACUGGUGGUGUCGGUAAUGCUAAUAGAGCCCUUCUAUGAUACUGCACUCCUUUAAAUCGCAUAUAACUUUAUCAAAUUAUGUCCUCUGGGGGGUGAGACUUAGAAUAUAAGUAUAUUCCUCCUCCUCCGUGUUCUUAAAAUAGACAAGUAAACUGAUUGGAGGAGUUGUUCUUGAAGAAAUGUACUCAUGGGUUAAGAUUAGGUCCCGUCUUUGAUGAAUGCAGUUUUCACAUUUUCUGAUUUGAUGUCAGCACUGGAGAUGGAAAAGUUUGGUGUGUUACAGCAUGCUAUUACUGGUAUUGAGAACCUGCCUUUUGAACUGCAGAGAAACUUCCAGCUCAUGCGAGAUCUGGAUCAGAGAACAGAAGACCUCAAGUCGGAGAUCGAUAAGUUGGCCACGGAGUAUAUCAGCAAUGCACGGACUUUGUCGUCAGAGGAAAAACUGGGGCUUCUCAAGCAAAUCCAGGAGGCGUACGGGAAAUGCAAAGAAUUUGGGGAUGACAAGGUUCAGCUGGCUAUGCAGACCUAUGAGAUGGUCGAUAAGCACAUCCGGAGGCUGGACACAGAUCUUGCUCGCUUUGAAGCAGACCUGAAGGAGAAGCAGAUAGAAUCGAGUGACUAUGACAGUUCUUCCAGCAAGGGCAAGAAGAAGGGCCGAGCCCAAAAAGAGAAGAAAGCUGCACGUGCACGCUCUAAAGGGAAGAAUUCUGAUGAGGAGGCACCAAAGACUGCCCAAAAGAAACUAAAGCUUGUCCGCACUAGCACAGAAUAUGGGAUGCCUUCAGUCACAUUUGGAAAUGUGCACCCUUCAGAUGUAUUGGAUAUGCCUGUGGACCCCAAUGAGCCUACUUACUGCCUUUGCCACCAGGUUUCCUAUGGGGAGAUGAUUGGCUGUGACAACCCAGAUUGCUCCAUCGAAUGGUUUCAUUUUGCCUGUGUGGGUCUGACAACAAAACCAAGAGGAAAAUGGUUCUGCCCUCGCUGUUCCCAGGAGAGGAAGAAGAAGUAAAAUCCCAUGAGCCUUGAAUACUGCUGCAGGAGCUGUCUUUCCCCUGCCAGGGCCUCGUCACAGCUCCCCCAGCCCUUGGGACCUUGGCUAGGGGAAGUCUUGCCCUGUUUGUGGUUUGGGCCAUCCCUGGAAUGGUGUGUACCCUCACGGCAGUUCCAGUGUGUUCUGUAUCCCUGGCUGCUUCCAAAUCCCUAAGGGAGGCCCUCUCUGUGUACUAUUCCAAACAGGUCUCUGAACCUCAAAGGGAGUGAAUGAGGGCACCAGGGUAGCCACCAGAUUCCCAGGGAUUCAGGUAGCCCCUGAUUUUCCUUGGCUUUCCUUCAGCCUCCUCAGAGUUCAUUGCCUACUCUCUGCUGAGAGAACAAGGCUAUGGGAUGGGGGAAGGAGGUAAGUCUUCAGCAUUUUAGGUCUUCUAUUUUCCUGGAUCUUUUUCAGGAGAGAGGGAGUAACCAGGCCACUGCUUAAUCUAGUAGCUUGGUUGAGAGACUGAAAACUUAAUGAACUCCCUAUCUUUAAUCAUUCCACUACUUUGUCUGGCAUUGAGCAGCCUCUUUUGUUGGGGCAAGGAGGAAGAAGGAGUGUUUAGAGGUAGCUUUCUGUCUUACUCCUGGGGUAAACCUGCUGGCCUGGGAAGCACAUUGUAUGAAGGAAGAAGAAUUUCUGGCCGUGUGGUGAGAAACGGUUUGAUCUAGCCUGUCUUCUGGCUCCAGAAUUCUCCCUCCCUUUAGUACAGUGGGGCUUCUCCAUUAUGUUGAUGGUGGAAAGCUCGGGGAUCCAAAUCCCACUUGUAUACUAUAGAAUUAAAUAAAAUUCAUUCAAACAAA